AUUACAUCCAGAUUCGUAUACCUUAAGGUCAAUCUUGAUCAUUGGAGUGGUCUGCCCCAAACUGUUCUCGGCUCUUUCACGUGACCACACUCGACCAUGACUAAGCUGCCACCUCAGGCAUGGAAGCUGGAGGCCGGCGCCGGGACCGGGGCUGCCAAUAUAGAAUGUAGACAGGUCAGCACGCAUUAAAACCAUACCAGCAACACCACUCCCACAAGAAACUGUCCACGCCUCAGGGCCAUUUGGCGCCAUGGAUUUCGCAAGUCUCAAAGACCAAGUGAGCAAUCUCUCGCUCUACGACAUCAAGGCGGGCGUCCGUAAGGUCCAGAAUGCCGUUAUGAACUUCACAGAGAUGGAAGCCAAGGUUCGCGAAGCCACUAAUAACGAACCUUGGGGUGCCUCCUCUACACUCAUGCAAGAGAUUGCCAAUGCUACUUUCAACUACCAAUUAUUGAACGAGAUCAUGCCCAUGAUCUACAAGCGAUUUACUGAGAAAGCGGCGGAGGAGUGGAGACAAAUAUACAAAGCCCAGCAACUGCUCGAGUUCCUCAUCAAGAAUGGUUCGGAACGGGUGAUUGACGACGCGCGGUCUCAUAUUUCUCUCCUCAAAAUGCUGCGACAAUUUCAUUACAUCGACCAGAAUGGAAAGGACCAGGGUAUCAAUGUUCGAAACCGAGCAAAAGAGUUGGCUGAGCUUCUAAGCGACGUUGACAGGAUUAGACAAGAGCGGAAGAAAGCAAGAGCAACUAGGAACAAGUAUGGUGGCGUCGAAGGAGGUAUGGGAUUAGGAGGAGGAAUGUCUAGCAGCAGUCGAUAUGGAGGUUAUGGAAGUGAAGAUGCAGGUGGCUAUGGCGGCUAUAGUGGCGGUGUAUACGGCGACGGUGGUGGAUUUGGAGGCAACACAUCUGGCUUUCAAGACACACAGGCCCGGCGAGAUCGCUUUGAAGAGUACGACGAAGGCGAUGAUGGAGCGGCAACUACUGCUGGUCGGAGUAGGACGGGUGCUGAGGCAUCAACCGCGAAAGAGCCCAAAAAGCCAGACCCACCGAAACCAAAAGCCCCUGAAGUCGAUCUAUUUUCGUUCGACGAGCCUGCCGCUCCGUCUGCACCCAGCGGCAUGCAAGCAACACCCGCCGGAAACGGCUUGGCUGACGACGACGACGAAGACUUUGACGAUUUCCAGUCUGCCGCUCCAGCGCCCUCUCAGCCACCGCAAGUUCAAGCCAAGCAGGCGUUUAGCAUACCAGCCCCUUCAACAACAUCUACCACCAGCUCUGCCACACAAUUCGCUGCUCCACAGCCACGAUCAGGAGCUCAAGGGGCCAGCUUGAAUGACAUGUUCUCAUCGAUAUCUCCUGCGCCAGGUCAAACACAGCGGCCGACCGGCUACCAAGCCUCGCAGCCAAACUACUUUACCUCUGUCCCAGUCGCAAACAAUCAGCCGGCGUCUGGGACCAGCACGCCUUCCCUGAUGUCACCAGGCGCGCAGAAGCCUGCAGCAUCAAAGUCGUCUGCUGGAGCAGAUCCUUUCGGUUCUCUGCUCGCUGGAUCCAAUCUGAAAAAGGCUGGCACUCCGUCGCAGAAAGGCAUGUCCAUAGCCGACAUGCAAAAACAAAAAGCAAGCGCGGGUAUUUGGGGGGCGCCUGCCUCCUCACAGCAGGGCGGUGCUGCUUCGUCAAACGCCAAACCGACGCAACAGGCUGGAGCCUUUGGUGAUCUUCUUGGUUAAACAUGAAUAGGUUGGUCUCAAAACAUACGUAGAGAAAAUCAUCUGGAAGACAGAGAUUGUAUACCCUGUCCUGUAUUGCAGUUCGCCCCAAGGUUAAUAAACUCGAUAGCACGUGACGAGAAGUAACCGCUUCCACUGUUUCUUCUUCUUCUUCUUCCCACACGUAGCUGCUUUAAACCAGUUUCUGCCGU